GUUACGUCACAGGGACGCAGGAGAGAGCGGUGACGGCACAAAACCCACGCCUCGCAGUAUGUAACCGUGGAGGCAGCUAAGAGGAGUCUGUUGUGGUGCCACGCACAUCCAGCGUUGAACGAAGCGUCUUUCGUUUUGGACAGUCGCGCCCAAAAGCAGCGCAUUCCACUUGGCGUCGCAACUCUUCUCAGUGCGGAAGCGAUGGUUCGUUCGUGGAGCCUGGCUGCCCUGCUCGUGGUGCUGUUGGUCGCGUGCGCGGUGGUGAGUGCGGCGCCCCCGGCCAAGGGGGGCUCGUCCAGGUCUUCCCUGCCGCAGCAGGAGUCGACCGGCCUCUUCGACGCCCUCAAGAGCGCCAGCGGACAAGUCCAGUACGCGUCGGACAGGUUUCCCGUGAGCUACAACAUGGCUGCCACGCGGUUCCAGAGCUGGGCCCAGGAAAACAAAGACAGCAUCUCCAAAUCGGCCGUCGACGCCUUCAACUUCGCGCGCACCAUCUUCAAGCCCCUCGAGGCCGAGAUAGCAAAGAAUAGCCCUAAGGCUUGAAGGCCGGCAGACCACGCCUUCCCCAGUCACCAUCGCUCACCUUUCGGACGCGAAUAUUCAGGAAGAGGCAGGGAAACCGAUGCAGGCCUUGCGGCCCCGCAGGAAAAUAUCGCUCAAAAGCGCGGGAGUUGAGUCGUAUACUCGCAUGCCCUGUAGUGCACGCUGCAAUAAAACGACCAUUACUACGCGAGUGCGAGUAGCGUGUCUGUGUACAGCAACUUGCCGCGUCUUGCCUUCGCUUGAACAAGACUGCAGAGACGUGAAACGCCCGUGGUGACUGGUGGGCGAGGAUUGAAACCUGGUGGGUGAGGAUUGCUCUAGCACUGAUAUCGACACUACUUCAUGUAAAGCUUGGCUCACGUGAAGGUGGAUACAGUACCCGUGGCACGGAACCACUCGUUCGCAAUUUACCGUCUAUAAUUCGGUGUUGGCUUCAGAAGACAUUUGGACAAGUUCAGAGGGUUAUUCGUGUACACAAACGGGGGAAGACUGAUCCUUUUGCAGAUUAUAUAACAACACUGUUUCCGUUGAGAUACAGCCAAGACACUAAGCGUCUUUGUCAGGGCAUUUUGUGCGAUGUACGAUUUACAGAACAGCCGUCAUUCCAUUGUUUAAUUUUAAGCCUGUGUUAGUUUGAUGUACCAGCCCUUUUGUAUUUGUACCAUGCAUGUUCGAAGAUAUAAAUAAAACAAUGCUUUCGAGCUCA